UCUCUUAACUUGACGCGUCGGGUAAAACGAAGGUCGGUCUAACCUUCAUGAAGGGUUCUACUUCUAUAUAUACAUAUCUUCUUCUUCCCUAUCGGAAGAACUUCACAUAAAUGUACAGCAUAGCCUAAACAGGCUUCAAUCAUCCCUUUUCCCUUCUUCCUUUUCUUUCUUUUUAGACUUUAGUAGUCAGUUCAAUCUCUCUUCCUUUCUCCCAAUAAGAGGAAGAAGAAGAAGAGUCAGUAAGGGAUAAUUUCACUUUCGUUUUCAUUUCCUUUAGCUUUUAUCCUAGUAUAUUCUCCAAAUCAGAUGGCUACGGAGGUGUUACGUCCACAGGAUUGUUUGUCCGACCGGAUCCGAGGUUCACCGGUGUCGGCUUAUUAUCAUCGCCGGAAAGCAACUCCUAUCAACGGAAACAACACCUACUCAAAGGCAGCUGCCAGGAAAUCCACCGUUCGACCUGAGAAGAAGAUUGAUAACACCAGAUCGGAGGCGACCGUUUCGAGGAAUCGGAACAACAACAACAACAUGUUGAUCGGACACGUUACGAUUCUGAAAAGAGGUGAGUCUGUAGUAGACUCCUCGAAGAUUAAGACUAGAUCUGAAAAAACAAACACCCCAGCUGAAGAAGAUCUUGUCGUUUGCGGAACUGAAAGGCUAGGUCCGGAUCCAGAUCUGAUUCCUAAACAGAUGAGGAUCGGAGAUCUGAAACCUGUUCCGAUUAGCCGGAAAAGCGUUGAUAUGUACGCCGGGUCUGCUUUCUCGAUGAUGUCUCCUUCUCCAAGCUCUCUUCCUCUACCAUCUUUCUUCAGCAAGAAACAAGUGUUGAAGAUGGCUGACGAUUCAACCGCCACCAGAGAUCUCCGUCGACUUCUCCGGCUGGAGUGAGACCACCACCAGCAACAGCAGGAGAAGGGUAUUCGUUAGAUCUAUAAAGGAUCUAACGAAUGUUCUUGGUACAUAAAGGCAUAUGAAUCUCUUAUUAUCUCUUAUUAUCUGAAUAUCUGAUUUGUUUUUUUUAACGUUUUUGGUGUUAGCUUUCGCUCCUCCUGCAGUAUCCGAUAAUCCUCCAUGCUAUAUCUUUUCGAAAUGGAGGAAACGGAUCUGUAGAAGGAGAAGAAACUAGAAAGGAAAGCAUCAACAUCGAUAACAAGAUCCAUCCUCUUCUAUUACCUGAAAAAUAUAACAAAACAAAAAAAACAGAUCUUUGCUUGCUUAGUAGUAAUGAAAUUGCCCAAUGGAGGGAGGAAGUUUGUAGUUUGUUGGAUGUAGCUGUAAGUGUUUGUGUAUAGAGAUUGAGGGAGAGAAACUUGAUCUUCUGUGUUCUAUGUUGUUGUUGUUGGGGUUUGAUGAUGAUGAUUAUGAUGAUGGUGAUUAUGGGUUAGUAAAAGUUAGUAGUUUGAUUAUUGUUUUUAAGAGUCUUUAAGUUAAUAUAUAUUAUGUUGUAUGUUGUUGGUUCCUCCAGUUUUAGAAUAAUGAAUGAAAAUGUAACAUUGGGCU